AAGCGACGCUUAACGUGUUACUCUCAUCUGAGAUUCUUGAUCAUUUUCUUUCCGCCUGAUUUAGACGAAUGAUUUAAAAACAAUGCAUUUUACGAUUACUUUUUAAAUGUUGCUUGUUAUGGUAUACUUUCUAACUACGUGGCCUGAUCCAGUCGGGAAAGGAGGUCGUGCUUAGCAGUGGGAAAUUAGUAGCAGCAGGGUUGGUAUUAGUUCAGUCCAGGAAGGGCUAAGCUUCAAGCCAGGUUAGUGAGCUGGUCCUGGUUGUUCACAUUAUCGUAUAAUUUCACUCGAGGUGAAGAAGGGAGAGGUUUUUGUAUCACUAAUGGACACUAUUCUGGAUAAUUUUUCAAACACUGAGUUUAUUAGAGUUUGCGUUCGGGAGCCAAGGCUUCAUAAAGAUGGCCGCUGGCACACACAUGUUGACUACGAGAUUUGUUUACAUACUAAUAGCUUGUGUUUUCGAAAAAAGACCUCCUCUGUGAGACGGCGCUACAGUGAGUUUGUUUGGUUGCGUCACUGCCUGGAACAGAACGCUUUCAUAAUAGACUUGCCUAAAUUGCCACCCUGGAACCCUUUCUUCAGUCUGAAGAACACAGAACAAGUCAUCCAGAGGAUCAACGGUCUGCAGAAGUUUUUAGAAAUUGUUCUUCAUGCACCCUUGUUGUUAUCUGAUAGUCGGCUCCAUCUGUUCCUCCAGUCAGACCUUAGCAUUACAGAGAUUGCAAGGUGUGCCGUUGGUAAGACCAGGUACACGGUAGCUGAAGCCAUUCAGUGUUCAAGAACUGGUUGUAUCAGAUCAGAAGAAAAGGUUUCAUGUGACUCUGACUGUGAAAGCACUUCAUCAUCGGGUUUGGGACUAAGUGUUGACACUUCUGGGCGAGGGAGCCCCAUCUUCUUUCAGUCUGACGGAGAUCCAGAACCCUUUUGUUCUUUUUCUGAGACUACCAGCCCACUUACUGAGUACUGAUGUAAAGAAGUGACACUGUACUCUUCUUCUUUUUCUUGUGGAUGUGUAGGUCAUCUUUGCAUUAAUGUGUUCAAUACUUCAUUGAACUCUUGCUAUUGUUAGCUUUUUUUUUUUUUUUUUUUUUAAACUUC